GGGUUCAAUCCACAUCAUCUUCCUCAUGUUAAAAGGAAAAGAAAAUGCGCGAUAUAUAUGAUUUGAAGUGGAAUAAUUGACGAUUCCCCACUGACACAGGGCAAGAUAAUUGUUUGCAGCAGAAACAGGUUAGGAUUAAAGGAGAAAGCAAUGGAAAAUGAAUCAUCGGCUCCCAAUUCGCAUGAUUCCAUCUGCCCAAUCUGCCUUGGACCCUUCAUUCAACCUUCCUACCUCGAUCACUGUUUACACCAAUUUUGCUUCAAUUGCAUUUUACGCUGGAUCAAAGUUGUUUCUGGAAAACACUACCAUACUCCUCCACCUUCUUCUUCUGUUAAAUGCCCCCUUUGUAAGACAGAUAAUUUUUCUAUCAUACAUGGAGUAGAUGGUACUUGCUUUCAACGCCAUUAUAUAAAUACCAAUCUUCAAGAUGAUUGUUUUGUUUUGUCAAGAGCACACAGAUAUAGAUUACAAUGCUAUUAUACUCAACAAGGUUGCGUGGAAGAUAUAUUCAAUGUAUUACAAUAUUGGAAAUCUCGUAAGUAUAAUCAGCAAAACAACUGGCUUCAAACUUGGUUAAGACGGGAAAUUCAAGCUCUUACCCAGGAGGAGGAUGUUGACAUCAUUGUGCACCAUAUAUUUGGUGUGGUCAAAACAUCAUGGACAGGAGAGCAGAAGUCUCACAUAAAAGAACCUGAAAAGAAACAGGAGGAGUUCAUGAUGUCAGUCUCUGAAGCAGCUAGGCCUUUCCUGGGAGCAAGAACCGACAGAUUUGUGUAUGAGAUUCAACUAUUUCUUGCUUCGGGAUUGAAUAUUGAAGCUUAUGAUGCGGUUUAUAUUCAACGAUUAGGAUGGAGCUCACCCGGGGAAAACACUGAAGUUUCUCAAAAUGAGUUGGUUGAUCGCACUACUGUGAUUCCAUACCUGUACAUAUUUGAUGAUGACUCUGAUGGAACUGAGUAGAUUCCUUUUUGUUCUAUUUUUCUCAUUUGUUUGUUGUAAUCCUCGAAAGGCGCGGUGGUAAAUUUUACAUAUAUGAAAGAGCGAUAUUAUGGGUUAGGAUCCUCUCUAGUUACAGUACAGUUCCCUGUCCAAGGGCCUGAAGUUGUGAACAUAAACUUUUAAUGGGUUGGUAUUAUGUAGCAACAAUUUUUACUGUCUUGAUCUUAUGGAGUUCUAAGUUCUAACAAGAUUGCUGGAGGAUUUAUUUUC